GAUUAAAAGUCGAUCGUAACGUUUACGGAAUUUACCGACUAUAGGGUCAAAUGCAAGCGUGUCAGGUCAAUAUUGUUGGACAAUAGUUCACUUUUUUUAAAGUAGUACUUGUUUAGUGUUUUAAUACACAUUUACAAUUAAACAUAAUAUUAAAACUUCCUUGUCACAUUUAAGUAGUAAAUGUUAAACGAAAAGUGAAAUGAAUUUCAGUAUUUUUGUUGUAUUUUGUGUGGUUAUAGCAGUUAAAGCAUGGACAUGUUUAUUACCAGUCAGAAAAUUAUACAGUCGUGUCAACACUGAUGCUGUUCUUCAAUUCACUGCUGACCUUACAAAUCUGAAUUCACCAAGAAUGUUUGACGUCAAGUUUUUUGACGGUAGUAUUAAAGCUAGAAUAAUAUACUAUCAAGACAGGAGUCCCAGAACUGAAGUAUUACCAGGUUUCAAUAUAACUGGUGAUACAGAUGGUAAUGUAGUUGUUACACUCCCUAAUAUUCAACACAAUGAUACAGGCGUUUAUAUAUUUACAAGAGCAGGAAUUUCUUCAAAAUGCAACUGUUUAUAUAUGUUAGGUAUCCCCAGGAGGCCAAUACUGACAGGGAAUAAAACACCAUAUGUAGGAGAAAGUGCAACAUUAACAUGUAGUAGCACAUCAACUACUAUACCCAGCAACCACAGCCUCAGUUUGAAAUACUUUUGGAGAGUUAACAACAUAGAUAACCCAGCUGGUGCGAAAUACUCAUACACGCCUAGUAAGGAUAAACUAAUUGUAUCAAACAUUUUGAAGGGAGAUGCAAAUAAAAAGUUUACAUGUUUAGCUACAGAAGAUGUCACUGAUGGAUACACAUCAAACUGCAGUGAACUAUUUUCAUUUGACGUGCAUUAUGGUCCAGAUUUGGUCAGUGUUAACGUAACAUCACCAUAUGUUUUAACAGAAGGAGAAAUAAUGUCAAUAAAAUGUACAGCGGACUGUAAUCCUGGGUGUACCUAUACAUGGACAAAUGUUACAAGUGGCGAAGUAAUAAAUUCUACCGAUGAAACAUUAUAUAUUGAAUCAGUCGACAAGUAUAUGACAGGAGAUUACCAAUGCAAAGCUGAAAACACCGCUCCCUCGUAUUCCAUAUCUGCUGAUGUUAUUGUCAGUGUCAAUAUAAAAGAUUUACAUAAUAUUUGGUCGGAAGUCAGCCAAGAAGAAUGUAUUUGUGGUAGUAUAGUGGCGAUUGCUAUAGUCUGUGGAGUCCUCACUUUUAUUGUUACAACUUAUGCUGCAUCAAUUACAAUUUUAUGGAGACGAAAUGUCUCAAUCAAUAAGGAAAGAAGAACAACAGUUACUAAGACAGACAAAGACAGGGUGGUCGGCUCAACUCGACAACAAAACUAUGCCGAUGUGGCGUACACAACAAACGACCAGGACAUACAAGGACAAGUUUCGGGACGACUCAAGCAAGACACAAUAUGAAACUCUGGGUGACUUUUCUCGUGAAAAGAGAGACACAAUAAAGAAAGAUUAGGAUACAAACAAGAUGAAUGAUUCAUUCUCUCGUGCAUAAAUAGAGAUGUUUAAAUGACCCUUCUGAUUCUUUUGGAAUGAGACAGCUAUUUCUACUAUUGUUUUAAGAUGGGAACACACGGGAAAUUAAAUUCGUUUUCAGAAAUCUUAAGGCAUAAUUCGAUACCUCAUAUUUGUAAUCAUUAGCAUUUGAUAAUCAUUUGCUAAAACCAUCCACUGGUCAUGACCAUCCUUGACACAUUAUCUUAUAACUAUAGGCUAAAGCGUUUUUUAGUAAUUUGUAGAACAAUCUUAAAGCGGUAAAGACCAUAAGAUCUUCUGACCGUACCAUUAUUAUUUAGAAAUCUGUUGAGAUUAUGUUAUAUAAUUCAAUACUAAGUUUGUUAAAAUUCCUUCAGCAACUGAGAACAUUAUCAAGCAAACGUUUAGCUGACAUUUCUUUAUGCACAAUGUAUACAGAACUAUAAAAUCAGUAAUAAGUAAAGGUUGGUUUGGGUUGUCCGUGGACGAGUGGUUUAUAUCGUUGACUUCAAACCACCACUUGCCCCUCUCCGCUGUGGGUUCGAAUCCCGACGGGGACUUUGGAUUCUUUCAUGUGAGGAAGAUAUCCAGCUAGCUUACGGAACGUCGGUAGUUCUACUCAGGUUCCCGAUCAUGCCUGAAAAAAUGCAAGGAAGGGAACCUGAGGUCAUCCUCCACCAGUUAAGCUGAAACGUCGCCAAAUGACCUAUACUGUGUCGGUGUGACGUAAAACCCAAUCAAACAAACAAAAUAUUGGUUUACUUCAACCAAGUAUCUUUUUUAAAGAUGCUUCUUGUUAGCAGUUUAUAGCAACAUUUGUUUGCUUGAAGUUACAAGAAUCACAGGUGUGUUCAUAUUAUUUUUGUAGUAAAACAGUCUGUAUCGCAACAUAACCUUUUUAAUUUCAUAAGCUGUAUAGAUUGAUAUUUGUUACAUGUUGUUGAAUCAUUGUGGCCCGGUUAAAGUUACUUUUCUUUCUCAAAUAUGGCACUGGAUUUUGAUGUAUACAUGUAUAUCUCGUUUGAAUGAUCGUUUAUCUGAUUUAGUCCUAGAAUCUCAUUACAAUAUGUAUGUAAGACUAUAGGUGAAAUGUAUUAUUCUCAUUUUUUACAUCACUUUAAGAUACAGAGUGGUUUAUGUUUAUACUUUAAAUGGCCAUAUUAAAUAUAUGAUAAAACAUAUUUUCCUUGUUACAAUAUGACGAAUUUUUAGAUAUCACUCGAUACUCAGAUAAAAUAAAGUUUUUUUUAUCAAAAUAUAUAGGUUUACAUCAGUUCAUCAAUGUUUGGGUGAUCAACAAACAUUAUUGAACAUAGCAAUUUUGAAGAGAGUGACAACAGUAUUGGUUUUAAGUCAUUGAGCUUAGAAUAAACUACUCAACUACACAUCAUUUUGGUAUGAGUUCAAAUAAUGUUAUCUUACAUGAUAUCAAACUAUGUGUAAGACCUUCAUUAGGAGCUUUGGUUCAAAAUUGCAAACCAAAACAAAGUUUGCACCUAAGAAAUAAUGAAUAGUGCAGAUGUAGUAAAAGUAUCCUUGUAAACAUUCUUUUCUAUUCUUAGGCUAAAAAUGCAAGAGAAACUAAUUUGAUUUUAUAUGACUUUGUUUACGACUGUUUUCCUUUGUCCUUUACCUACCUAAAUGUCUUCGAAUCAAUUUGAUUGACGCAAAACUAGUACAAAAAAGAUUGUCGUGUUUGUGUGGGUGAAAUGAUAAUCUUUUGUUUUCUGUUUAGUAUUUUGUAUGGAAGUCAUAGUAACACAUUUUCUUUACAGUUUGCUACCUUAAUGAAAAAAUAUUUAACAUUCAGUCCUUUUUUCUUCAGGUGAUAAGUAUCUCAUCUAUAACCUUAAUCAGUUCUGACAACUUUAUAAAGCACACAAUAUCCCUUUCUAUGGAAUAAGAAAAUUAUUUAUUUCUGAGGCAUAAGGUACCUUUAAUUGCUCACUUGAAAAAUACUAUAUUACAAAUCUGGAAUCAAAGUGAUCACUCAGAAGCAUUAAUCACAACAAAAUUACAUGAAAAUUGCAGACUCGUUUUGAUUGAGUCCGUACAUGAGCGAUAAUGAAUAAAUCAAUAGCCCUCAAGCACCCUAGCAUCGGCUUGAGAGGUAUUCAAGAGCGGUAUCCAAUUCUCAACACUUAAUAGUGUUGGUAUCAAUGAUCCCGAAGGACCAGAAAAUAUAACAACACUGAAGUGAAGUACGGGGCAACUUUAUACAGCUGCCACACAACACUUGACACCUGUUAUUGUGAAGAAUAAAAAUCUGGAAAGUGAUCCCUCGGAAGCAUGCUGUUAAGAAGAAAUAUUUAAAAGUUAAACCUGGGGAUCCAACGUACUUAAUUAACUUUAUUCUGUGUUAAAUAUGGCAGUAAUUGGUUGAUUACCUUCACAAUAUUGCACUG